AUCAUUUUUUAAUGCAAAAAGACUGCAGGUUUAUUUAAGCUUCUAUAGGACAGAAAGAUGUCACAGCACAGAGAGCGUCUCUAUGAUAAAGGAAAAAAAGCCGGCAAUCUCAAGGCCUUUCAGCCAGUGCCGCAUGUGGAAACAUCAAUCGGAAAUCAUUCUCGUGAAGGCACUUACUAUGAUCACCAUGCAUCACUGCGAGUAACAGAGAGAAGCAUUGAUCAUAAUAUUGGUUCAGACAUAGCACUUGGACUCGACACUGAAGACAAUGUCCCCGAGCACAUUGCUUCAAAUGAUAUCAUUAAAUCAGAUAGAAAACAGAAAAGGCGAGAUCAAUAUAUAGCACGGCGAAAUAGAUUAACACUUGAACAGAAGGAGGAAAUCAAUGCACGUCGCAGAGAAGCUAGGAAAAAAAACAGAGGAGGAGAGGACUGCCCGUCAAAGAGAAGCCAGGCAACGAAUGACACCAGAGGAGAAGCAACAGAGUAA